UACCCGAGACCGACCGCCCAUUGGCUGCUUGCGCUUAGCUGUGCGCUGUGACCGUCUCCGGCUUUUCAUGCGGAAAGAAAAGGUGCGGGGUGCGAGCUGGGAGCGCAAUGUGAGCGGGGGAGCGGCUGCCCACAGGGACGAUGGACAGCUCGGCUCAGUACUUGAUGUUGUCGAGAAGGGAAGACUUCCGUGACAUCCUGGAGGAGAGGAGGACGUCGAGUGACCUGAGUCAUGCCUUGAAAAGCUUCACCCGCGUGUCCAGCAGGGCCUCCCCGCCCUGCUCUGUGAGCACCCUUAACAAGACUGUGCUGGAGUCCCAGCACCUGCAUUACAUUAUGCAGGAGGUUUCUAAGGACACUGGUGAGCCGCUGGAGGCGAUCAGAGAGGAGGCUGCGGGGAUAUUGGAGGAAAUGUCCCAGAACCUGCAGUUGGGGUACAUCCGAUUCUUGGGCUUCAUCCUAAGUAAAGUGUUCAAACGGCUGUUCCGCAAGAUCAACGUCAACGAGGAGGGGCUGCAGAGGCUUCAGCAAGCCAUGCAGGAAUCUCCAGUGGUGCUGAUGCCCAAUCACAGAAGUUACGUGGACUUCCUGGUGCUCUCCUACCUCCUCUUCACCUACGACCUCUCCAUCCCUGUCAUUGCUGCUGGAAUCCCACUGAUGGGAAUGCAGCUUAUCGGUGAGAUACUGAGAAGAUCCGGUGCUUUCUUCAUCCGACGUUCCAUUGGGACCGACAAGCUGUACUGGGCCGUGCUCUCUGAGUACGUGAAAACCAUCUUGAGGAAAGAUUUCGCUCCAGUUGAAUUCUACGUCGAGGGACUUCGGAGUCGUACAUUGAAGUCUUUGCCACCCAAGUUGGGGAUGAUGCACAUGGUACUGGAGCCCUUCUUUAAAGGCGAAGUUUACGAUAUCAGCCUGGUACCCAUCAGCAUCAGCUAUGACCGUGUGGUGGAGGAAUCCCUGCUGGCCUAUGAGAUACUGGGAGUCCCCAAACCAAAGGAGACCACCAUGGGUUUGCUGAAAGCCCGAAAAGUUAUGGAUGAGGAUUAUGGCAACAUGCACGUCUGCUUUGGCCAUCCUCUGUCGGUGAGGGACUUGGCCAAAGGGAAGGUUAACCGCAAGCAGUACAACUUAAUCCCAAGGGACCUUCCCAUGAAGCCGAGCGAGAGCAUCCACGCCUUUGCCAAUACCACAGCACAUCUGGUGCUGCGACUGCAGCAGGACAACAUGGUGCUAAGCCCCUGGAGUCUGAUGGCCACCAUCCUGAUGCAGAACUUAGGCGGCAUCAACCUGAAGCUCCUCACCAAGCAGACGGUGUGGCUGAAGUGGCUGGUACUGGACUUCGGGGCUCUCGUAGACUGGCCAGUCCAGGUGGCCGACAGCGAAGUGAUGUCAUCCGGCCUGUCUCUUCACCAUUCUGUGGUGCGCUGUGAGGGGGACCAGGUGCUCCUGGCGGAGCAGAAGCCGCAGAGGGGAGCUGCUCCGGAGGAGGCCGUGUUCAGACGGGCUGUCGCGGUGCUCAUGUGUGCCUCGUAUCGGAACCAAGCGCUGCAUGUUUUGGCGUCUCCAGCCAUGCUGUCUGUGGCCCUGAGUCUGGCAGCAGCUUCCAGUAGAGCGGAUAUAUACAACCUGUAUGCAUUUCUCCGGGAAAUGUUUUACAAUGAGUUCAUCUUCAUUCCGGACAGGACAGGUCAGGACUUUGAGGAAGCUUGUAGCUUGUUACAGAAGUGCGGCACUGUCCAGAUCAUAAACCAGAACAUCAUGGUGACAGACAAGGGCCUCAGUGUCACGUCAUUCCUCACUGCUGCAGUAGAGCCCUUCAUAGAUGCAUAUCAGGUGAUCUUCAGAUACAUUUGUAGCAGGAGUGUUCAAGAAUUUACUGAAAAGCAGUUUAUAUCUGGCAUUCGUACCUUCACUCUCAACCUUAUCCUAACAGGGGAAGUCAAAUCUUACGACGUCCUUUCAUCGGAAACGCAAAAAAACGCUCUCGCCUCCUUGGUGAGGUUAAAUGCUCUGACAAAGAAAAAAAGAGAAGAGCAGACCUACUUCAGCCCAAAUAAGGCAGCCAUCGGGAGAACUGCAGAUAUACUAGCUGGGAAGAUUGCACCUCAAGCGAGGACCUACUCCAGACUUUAGCCCCAAGUAACUUGAGAAUCAGGAUUGGACAGGAAUUGUACUGUGAAGACCGCGAAUGAGCCCAUUCCUGAGGCUCUGAAACAGGAAGAAUGGGACUUUGAACGUAUUACAUGCUGACAGAUCAGACCAGCAUUUUUGACACCCUCACACACGUAGUCAUUUCUGUCCAUCCAUGCACUUAUUGCGGCAGCUUUGUGAAUUACUGUGAUUAUGAAAUGGAUAGUAGAACCAUUUUUCCUUUUAACAUGAGUUAGUUUAGUGAUAUGCUUUUAUUUGUCAAUGUGACAACAGACUUAAAAUGAUUACUUAUAUCCUGAACUGUUAUUUAGACCACUUUAGUAUUUUUAAAUUAAAUAACUAGCCGAAAUGGCAUUUGUGUUUGGUAUUGCUGCUAGGAUUUGUCUACACUGCUGUAAUAUCCCACAUAUGUAUGUGGGGCUGCAUUCAGAAUAAAAUGAAUUCCCUUUCAUAAUUA